AUGCCGGCCGCCAUCAGGCCGCCGCAUGCAGAACCCCGCACGGGGGAUGCUGAUGGCGAGGCGUCCGUUCUCUCUGGCUCCCGUCCGUCGUUCUCUCCAUCUCGGAAGAGUGCACCACCUUCGGAGCCUUCUUUCAGUGACGUCGCUCUUCAAGGCGAGACGACCAGCAAAGACUCUUUGCAGUCUGCCUUCCUUGCGUUUCGUCCUGGUCCAUUCACGGGAGAGAGAGACACGCGGCACGGGCCUGGCCGCCUCGACGCGGAGGGUGGUGAGGGUUCUCCGUUCGCGUCAUUUCACUCCGAACCCGCGUCUUCCUUGCCUUGGUCUUUCGCCAGAGAAGCUUCUAUGGAGGAGGGUGACCUCCUCCCCCUAACCCUCUUGUCUUCGAUUUCGCCUCCCUCGCGCUUCGCGCGCUCUGCUUCCUCCUCGACUCCGCCGUCCUCCAGCGCUUCGUCGCGGGAUCUUCCUCGGCGUUUAGGAGGGCGCGACUCCCGUGGCCUGGACCUCCAGCUUCUUGGUGUGGGCGGCGCAUGCGCAGAGGAGCCUGGCGAGCCGCAGAGACAGGGAGCGCAGCUGCCAGCCAGAAAGGCACCGUGGCUGUGCGACGUGGAUACUGUUGAGAAUAGCCUCACCGAAGAGCUGCAUCGCGUGAGAUGCUGCGUCGCCGCAGGGGAGAGAGCGGACCGCGUGUUUGCGGCACCCCGCACGCCGCCCUGCCUCGAAGCCGAUUUCGCUUCCGACGAGGAGGAGGAAGAAGCGAGCAGCUUCCUCUUUACAGGACUUCGAGACCCCGCGUCGUGGGCAGAUCCAGCCCUUCCUCGCGCGGCGUUCGGCUCCCGCCGAGGAACCGAAAGCAGACGAGAGUCAGGGGAGGCCCGCCAAAGAGAGAGGCCGGUUCAAAGCGGCACGUGUGCAGAUGCCCGUUUCAAGAAUUUUGGUUCACCCCUAUCUGGCGCCGCGCCACGCCUGGCCUUCCUCAGUGCAGUUUUCGGGGGACGAGGGACAGGCAGAAUGCACCUAAGCGAGUCCGCCAAGUCGCGGCGGAGCCACUCUGCCUGCAUUGACACCGCGACGUGGCAGCAGCGUGACACUCAGUCGUGGACGGAUGCUUCGCUCCGCAGCGCGGCCCCUGGGGACUUCCGGAGUCGGACCGAGGAGCUCCGCGCAUUGACGCGAAUGGCGUACCGCCGCUUCGGAGUGAGCCGCCUGUGGCCAAGCAAGCCACGGCGCAACUUGGAUUUGCCAGACUCAGUCCUGCAUCCGUUUCCCUCGUUUCCGAUGGACUGGUCGGCGAAGAAGGGCUUCUUCGCCACCGCCCUUUUGUCGCGGCUCUACAUCGCCAACACAGACAACACCUGUGCGCCGGAGGGAGGGGCGAUUUGCCUCUGGGACGCGGCUGAGCCGCGGGGAGUCCGCGACUUUCUCGGAGGCCACAGCCUCCCAGGGGCGUCAUUGUCAGCUUCAUCCGAAUGGCCGUCGUCCCGCUCUGCGUCGCCUUCCUCGUCUCAGCCGGCGCAACGCCACGGAGAGCUCUUUUUCGCCUCGGCUGAGGGGAGGCAUGCAUCGUCCCCUCCGCGCCACUCCGCGCGGGCUUCCCAGCGCACCGCGGGCGAACCUGCGACAGAGCAGGAUGGAGGCGCGGCGGGGAGGACAUCGACUUUGUCCUCGACGGGUCGAGAGUCUCCUUUUCACCUGUUUUCGUCCUCUCAAGACUUUGCCUUCCUGUCGCAGACAUCGUCCGCGUCACCCGCCCUCAGGGCCUCCUCGCGCUCCCUGUUCUGCCCCUCGCCGGCGCGGCAGGGGACUGGAUACCCAGGCAAUUCGGCGCGCUCGUCGUCGGUGCCCUGUGCCUCUCCGUGCGGGUGCUGCCUCGGGGCUUCCGCGCCUUUUGUCGCGUCGCCGCCUCUGCUUCUCCCCGCGCCGCCGCGCACCGAAGACAGCGGCGUGCCAGCGGAGGAUACGUGGAGGGAGAGUGAGGAGGGACGAGCUUCGCAGACGCAGUCCGUUUUCGUCUCUCCUGGCGUCUUCCCGAGUGCCCGCGCAAGCGCUGACCACCAGGAUGGGGGUGAGCGCCUCUCCGCCUCUUUGCCUUCUCCGCUUUCCGCUGCUCUUCUUCACUCGCUUUCAGCGCUAGCGCCCAACCCUCUGCCGUCUCCAACUGGCGCGUCUCCCUCGUCUCUUCCCGCGCCUCCGUCGUCUCCUCUCUCGGAUAUGAACUCCGUGGCCCUCCCGCCACCUGUGGGCGACGGGCCGUCUCUCUUCUGUGCCUCGCUUCUCCCUCCGCCCUCGUCUUUCCCAGCUCCUGCGACUGGCUCACGUCCGUCCUCCUCUGCCUACGCCCCAGCCCCUGCGGCGCCCGCGAGCGCUUCCUCUUCUUCCGCGCCGCGUCUCCCCGCGGCGCGUCCGCCUCCGCUCUCGCUGUGGCCUUCGGAGGCGUCUUUGUCCGUCGCUCUCCUCUCUGCGCCCGCUUCUUCUGCGCCGUCUGCGUCUGCGUCUGCCCCCGUUCCCCCCCUCGCGGCUAGUCCGCUGGUGACGGCGGUCCGUUUCUGUCGCACCGAGGAGCUCCUUCUCGCAGUGGGCUUCGAGAGCGGCGAAGUCGAGAUUUGGGCGCCCUUCCCGGCAGUUGACAGCUGUGUCGCCGCGCGUCCCUCGCGGAUGACGCGGCCGGUCUGCGCCUCGAGAUCCGCGACCUCGGAUCCGCGCCUCUUCCGCGUGGGUGUGUCGAGCCUGUGCCACUCGAGAAGAAGGGCUGCCACACGACGCCAGAAUGGAGAAAAGACGGCAGACGCCAGGGCCCAGAGUCCGGGGCGAGACGACCGCACUCGCGCCCUCUCGGAAGUCGACAGCGUGCACGCUGGGGCGGAGGGAGACGUCGUAUGUGCGUCUCGCGGGCGACUGCAAUCAUAUGAGGCAGAGCGCCGCGGACUACCAAGCGCGAGAACGAAACCUGCUCCCAGCUCGAGGGCCUUUUCAGACGCUCCCCAGCUGCGGAGCGACACAGAAGCCUCCCAACCGUCUUCGGCGCUGCCGUGCCUGCUGUCAACGAGCCACCUUUUCUCUGGCGCGUCGUCUCGCCCUCAGACCGACGCCCGCCUUCAGACGCGUGCUGCAGCGCCUUCCGCGCCCUGUGCCGAGCCUCAACAACCGCAAGCGACGGAAGAGGGCAGCCCCGUUGUCUCCCUCGCUUGGCAUCCUUCGCGUUUGCUUCUCGCGUCAGGGCACGCGAGUGGCGUGGUUGUGCUGUGGAGGUUUGCGAGGAACACGGGCUCGGAUCCGAACGAGGCAAGAAAGGGUGAGGGGAGAAAACGAACGCGGGCGACCCGAGAGGCAGGCGACGUGCGUGGAUUCGCCGCUCUCGAAGAAGCCGCGGGGCCGCGCGCGCGUGCCGAGCUCGCUGGCAUUGAGGAAGCAGAGCGCCUGGAAUUUUUCGAGAAACAUCUCCCACGAGGGUCGUCCUCCGACGCCGAAAUCCUGACCAAUGUGCAAAUGGUCCGUGUCCACAUUUUCCGUGUGGAUUUGCUCGCGUCUUCCGCGCCUCUGUCGUCUCCUUUCCCGUUCUCUUCCGCCGCCUUGCUUGCGUCAACUGCGCUCGUCUCCUCUUCCUGCUUCCAGCCCUCUGCGGCCGCCGCCUUCUCGCGGCGCGCGCGUGCCGCUCCUGAAGGUGCUUCAUCACGGACCUGUAGAGAGCAGCGCCCUCUGCCUCUCCUGCGCGAAUGGGGCGAAGAGGCGGUAGCGGCGGCGGUCGGCGAGAGGGAGAGCGAGAGGGAGAGGGAGGAUCGUUUCACUGAAUGGCCAGUGCGCCUGGCGUGGGACGCCGCUGGAGAGAGUCUCGCGGUUGGCGGCAGCCGCGGCACGCUGAUCUUCUUCUCUCUUUCUCACCUCCUGCAGUACUUUCGCGAGGUCGAUCGCCUGACAGACCGGCUCCGGCGGCACCUGGGGGACUUGAGAAGCUCGUUUGCUCUCUCUGAGCAGCGUUGCGCGCGCCCGGCCCCUGCGAUACUCGCGUCGCCGGCGGCUGUGCCUCCAUUGACCACGGGGGCUGCGGUUGAGGAAGCGCCGUUCCAGAAAAGACUCCGACAAGGCGCGUUCCGCUUUGCGGCGGCCGCGUCUCUCUACGGUGCUGCAUACUGUGCCGAGGAAGCCCGGUCAGGGAGAGAGGGACUGUGUUUUGAGGGAAUCGUAGAGACACACGCAGACGGAGAGCGAGAGACUGCGCACGUGACCCGCCCACUUUGCUCCAUCGUGUCUCCGUCCGCACGCGCGGAGACUGCGGCGCUUCCCACUCUCCUGGUGUCGUCUUCGGCGACCAACACGAACCGCUCUUCACCUUUCUUCUCAGGCCCCUGCGCGGCGCCUUGCGCGGAAGUCGGACAGGCAGCGCCGCUGCCCCCCAGCGGCGCCCUGAUGGAAGCCAUCAAGUCCGCACAGGUCGUGUGUGGAGAGCUGCAGAGGCUGCAGAGAGCGCGAGCGAAUCUCAAGGCAGCAUCGGUGGCGGAUGCUUCAGAGGGACUCAAAGCAGGCGAAGCGCCUUCUCCCGCCUUCCCGCCGUCGCCUCUCGCGACGGUCAGCAACGUCUCCACGCGCACCGGGUCGUCGCCCCCAGACACACCCCUAGGCCUGUUGACUGGCCGCGCGGCGGCAGACCAAGAGACGGCGGCGAGGCCUGUGGGCGCAGCUGAGGCACGCGCGAAGAAGGUCGAUCACGUGGACGAGGCAGCGGCCGCCGCAAGCGCCUCGCCUGCCCAAGCCGCAUGCGAGACGAACGGACUCAGCGCCGCAGAGACGACGGAGGAACCCGGCGGGAAGCAAACGGCAUGGCCUGCGGGGGGUGGCGACGCCUCCAAGGGGCGAAACGAAACGCCCUGCCAGGCCCCGCGACCCCCGAGAGAAGUGGAGAGCGCUGCGCCGAACUCCUGUCGAGCGAACGACAGCGUCGUGUUUCAGGAUGAGAACAUCUGCAACGCGCCUCGUCUUCUCCGUCGCGUCGGCGCGUCACACGAGCUCCGCAGAAGUGCCCUGGAGGAAGAAUCCGAGGCGCGACCGCGGGGCGGCGUUUCCAACGUGGCGAUUUCCAGUCCCAAGUUUGAGUCCGGAGAGACGCCGAGGCAAGCCUCGUCGCUGUCGGAGUGUCCGUGGCAGGCGCGUGUGUCUCCGCCUGCCUUGCCGGCGCCGAGCGAGCACAACGAGCCUGCUGCAUCGGAGAGCGGCCCGCCGCAGCACCUGUGGCGGGCGUUUCAGAAGGAAGAAGACGCGCGACGCAGGGCGUUUUCUGCACAAGUGGAGAGUCUCCUCUCUCGAUUCCGCCGCGCCAAAGAGCGCCUGCUCGCCUCCUUCCUCCCUGAGCGAGCGCCUGGACAGGGGACCUGCCUCAAGCCCGACCUGCUCGUGGCCUGUGCAGUGGAGAAGAGAGCGCUGCGUCCGCCCCGAGACGGGCGGCCGGGCUGCAACCCUCCCGAGGCAGAGAGUCACGCCGACCGCGUCGCUGGUCAGCGCUUCUGCCGCGAGCUGCUGGGCAUCAAGAACGUGCUCAGCCACGCGCAUGGGGGCGGCGUGACGGCCCUCGAGUGGUGUGAGCACGACGCAGCAGUCAUCGUCUCGGCUGGCGAAGAGUUCGACGAGGCGCUCGUCCCAGAGGCCCCUCGGCUUGGGGCGGACAGAAGAGAGGAAGGCCAUGACGCGGAAACGGGCCGACAGCCCGCAAAAAACACUCAAGCCGCGAGGCGCGGCGAGGAAAGACGACCUGCAGGCAGCACGGUCGCGCUCUGGCGCGUCAGCGAGGGACACCGCUCCGGCCCCGAGCGCCUCUUCACGAUUCGGCUCGAGGGACUGGUGACGUCGUUUCUCUGGAGUCGCCUGACUGGGGAGCUGCUCAUGAGCCACGCCAGCUGCGCGCGCCCGUGGGCUCCGUCUCUGUCUUCUUACUCGCUCCCUGCUCCCUCUUCGGCCUCUUCUGCGUCAUCGUCGGGGUCCUCCUCCGCGCAUGCCGAAGGCUCACCUUCCUCGACGUCUGCCUCGACCUCACCCUUGGCGUUCAGCUUCGCGUCCGCCGCUGAGGCGGUGCCGUCCUUCCGGCGCGAACUCGCGUCUUCGCGCUCGCGGCGAAGGAUGCCGUUUUCUCCUCCCUUCUUUAGUCAGCAGCGACGCGGCGACGAGGCGACAGCAGAGCGGCGCGGCGAGCCAAGUUCAGUCGAGGUUCUUGGGGCGCGCGAAGGCCGUGAGGACGCGUGGAAGAAGGGCAGCAGCCGCGGGCGGUGGGGAGUCACCGUCUGGCGCUACGUGAACGAAGAGUCUUUCGCAGCUCUCGCGUCCUCGUCUGCUGCGUUCCUCGAACACGAGCUGCCGGCGCCUUUGGCGGCGUUUGGUCGGCAGGCGAUCCGCCCGAAGCGUGCGCCGAGAGAGAGUUCGCGACCUGCGUUUCGCCUUCCUGCGCUUGUCAAGGUCGGCGAGCUGGGGACGCCGCCGUGCCUCAAGACGCGCCCGCCGGCGUCGCCGCCUUCCUGGCUAGCGGAACCCGCUAGCCGGAACGCAGGCUUCUUCCUCCACUCUCAGGACACGCUGCUUUUCACGUCUUCCCGGCAGACGGAGGGCGACGUCGCGGAGGAAGCUCACGCGCAGGCCGAUCCUCCCGCGGAGCCAGGAGUUGAGCCAUCGGAAAGCCGCGGCAGCAGAUCCGCUGCGGCUGCUCCCACCACGCGCCCAGCGUCUCUCGCGCAGCCGUCCUCGUCUCUCCUCCUCGCCUCGGCGUCUCCUCGCCCCUCCGUCGCUCUUCCGGCCCCAGCACCUGCAGAGCCCGAGCGCGUGGGGCGCCGACCGCCGCGCCUGGCGGAGGUCGGCGACGGACUCCCCGGCACGGAGGCCCGCGACCGGCGAACGCCUAGGGGCCCCCUUCCGACCGCAGGCCCUUUGUCGCCCACGGGCUCUCUGCCGGGGGGUCCCUUCGCGUCUGAGUGGGAUGCCUUUUUGGCUGCGCGGGACGCCGGCGUGGAGUCCUCGGUGUAUCUCGAAGCGGACAACGCGAGCUGUCUGAUUCAGAGUGCGGACGGAUCGGUGAUUGCCUACUGGUCGCUGCCUACCGAACUGAUCACCGUGUGGGAACUGCCUGCGCCGCAGGCCCCCGACCCCGCGCGCACGCUAAACCGGCCGCGGGCGGUGGAGGAACCCGGCGCGGCGCUCGACUCAGACGAGGGCGACCCAGACGACGCGGGCGCGUGGGCGCUCGGCGGGGACGAUGACUCCCGAGGAGGCUUUUUGCUGGGGCGGUCGCGCCACGCCGGUCGCAGCGGCGGACAGAGGGCGAAACGAGAGAAGGAGGGGAACGCGACGCGGGUCUCGUCGGGCUCCUGCAUUGCCGCACGGCCGGCGGCUCGGAGGCCAGUGGCAGAGAGCGUGCGCUGGGGCGAGGAUCUGAGUGUGGCGUGGCUUCGCCGCGCGUCUCAGGCGGGGCGGCGCCGAGACACGCUGCUGCAUGCGGAGAGGCAGACGCCAGAGACAGAAGAAGGACACUUGAGAUGCUGCCGGAAGAGCGCAUACGAACCAGAGGACGCGAGGGAAGCCAGAAGCGAAUCGAGGUCAGGGCUGGGACCCCUUUUUAGAAAAAACCUCCUGUCGAGAAGUGUCCAGUCGCGGCAGGCAUUUUCGCUUCCUGGGUGGACGCAGAGAACCCAGAAGGACGAGGGGAAGAUCGAGAGCGCGCUGCAGCCAGGCCGGUUCAGACACUGUGCAGAGGAUGUGCAAGACGAAGACCACGAACAGGAAGACGAAGGGCACGUGUCUGAUUUCUUCCGACUCGGAGCGAAAACGGCGAGCCGCGCGCUGGCGGCCAUGCGGUGA